AUGGGCUCUUCGUCAAGAGUCAAGGUCAGCGACGGGUCCGCGGGGACGUCUUCAAGCGCCAGCUCACGCAAUCAGCACCAAGGAUCAAGCAGCUCGAAUUCUUCACCGCCCUCAGAAGAACGCUUGCCUUCGAUUGACGACGAGAAGAAUGUCUUGACAAAACAGCUGGGUGACCUGGGCUCGGCCCGUCGCCAGGACCGCCGUCUAGCAGACAAGACAGGCAUCCUCACGUCCGAGGAGCACAAGCUCGGCGAUCUCAACGUGGUUGCCGCGUACAAAGCACACUUCCGCGAGUCUCCCUUUGAGUUUCUACAGCAGUUCGUCGCCUACGGCCAAGGCACCGGCUGGCGUGGCUACUCCAACUAUAUUGGCGCGCCUAUCUUGUACGCCGGCUGUUCUGAGGAGAGCAUCCGAGCGGUGCUCAACAGCGAACAGGUGCAGGAACGUAUCCGAAAGCUGGCGUCGAGCAGAGUAGAACAUCUGUUGCCAGAGCAGCCACCUCUCUCUCCUACCGGUCCCAACAAGACCCAAAAGAACCUCGCCAUCUUCAAAGAACGCAAGAAGCGCCAAAUCGAACAGCAACUUAGAGAAGAAGCGUUGGCCAUCCUGCAGGUCAGUGUGGCGCGCGUCGACUCGCUCUCUUUCAUCAAAUUCUUUGCAGCUACAGUCAACAACAUCCUCGCUCGAAUGUACCACCAAGGCAUCCACAUCAGUGUCCCGCAGGUGCUCGAGCUUCGCAGGGUCGCUGCCUAUGCUGCCGAGCGCAAGCAGAGCAUCCUCUUCCUCCCCUGCCACAAGUCCCACAUCGAUUACCUUACCGUAUCAUGGCUCAUGUUCCGGCUUGGAAUUGGACUACCCCACAUCAUUGCCGGAGAGAACCUCGAUUUGCCGGUCUUGGGCGACGUGCUCCGCAAAGGUGGCGCCUUUUUCAUCCGUCGUACAUUCUCUGGCGAUCAGUUGUACCCGGCUGUCAUCAAAGAGUACGUCGAGACACUGCUCGCAAGCGGCAGGAACCUCGAGUGCUUCAUCGAAGGUACUCGAUCACGCACCGGCAAGCUUCUCCCACCAAAGCUCGGUAUCCUCAAGUAUGUGGUCGAGGGUUUGCUCAACGGCCGUACCGACGAUGUCUGGAUCUGCCCCGUCAGCUUGCAAUACGACUCGGUCAUCGAAUCAGAAACGUACGUCUCGGAGCUGCUUGGCAAGCCGAAGGAGGCCGAGUCGCUCUUGGGACUGCUCUCUGGGAGCUCCUCGCUGCUUCAGCUCAAGAUGGGUCGCAUCGACAUCCGCUUCGACACACCCUGGUCUCUUCAGGGCUUCAUAAAGGAACAGAAGGAUCGAAGAGCUGCACCUGGCUACAAGGACGAAAAGGUGGAGCUUGACCCUGUCAACAACGAGGUGCACAAGGUGCUCUUGCUCAAGGCGCUUGGCUACCGCGUGCUCGCCGAUAUCAACAAGGUCUCGGUGGUGAUGCCGGCCGCGCUGAUCGGCACGGUGGUGCUCACGCUGCGUGGUCGCGGCGUGUCGCGAAGCGAGCUUAUCCGUAGAGUCGAGUGGAUUCGCGCGGCCAUCGCCAAGAAAGGCUUCACCGUCGCCGACUUUGGUGCCAUGAACACAGGCGAGGUGGUGGAUCGUGCGCUAAGCACCGUUAUGAAGGGCCUCAUCACCGAGGAAAAGGACGUCAUGGAGCCAACCUUUGUGCCGCAAAAACGGUUCGAGCUCAGCUUCUACCGCAACCAGGUGAUCCACAUUUUCGUCUCGGAGUCGCUCGCCGCUGCCGCCCUCUACACCAAGGUAAAGCAGGGCGGUACCGCACCCAUGCAGAGGAUGACGAGGAAGAAUCUGUUGAGCGAAUGUCUCUUCAUCUCGUCAGUGCUCCGCAACGAGUUUGUCUUUGGCGUCGACACGCUCGAGAUCAACGUGGACCGAACCAUCGAUGGCAUGGUCGCCGACGGCAUCCUCGAAAAGCACCCCGACAUCAAGCCAGAGGAGGGCGGUUCGAUCGAGCUUAGCGCAAAGGAGCGUGAGAUUGGACGCGAGAACUUCGAUUCCUUCCUCUUCCUUAUCUGGCCGUUCAUCGAGGGCUACUGGCUCGCUUCUGUAUCGCUUCUCUCUCUCAUCCCGCAAGGCGCUGAAGCCAAAGGCUACCCCACCGACAAGCUGCCUUGGUUCGCCGCCAAGGACUUUGAGAAGCACACGCAGCUUCUGGGCAAGACUUUGUAUGCGCAGGGAGAAUUGUCGUAUCUCGAGUCGAUCAAUGCUGCUACGUUGUCGCAAGCCUUCACUCGUAUGGAGGAGAUGGGCAUGAUCCUGCGCAAAAAGUCGUCGCAUCAAAAGCCCGUGCCCAUCAUGGCCCUUCACCCGAGCUUCUGGCCUUCGCAGUCUCCGCGGCUUACCGGCUAUAUCGAUCGCCUCUCGCAGUUCCGACGUGAGGGCAAGGACCGUCGAGAGCAGAGUGUCGGGGCCAAAGUGCGCCAAUACACGUCAAUGUAUAUCCCAUCAGUGGUGGAGGAGUCGACCAUCAAGCAGCGAGAGGCGCAACUCUGA